AUCAUGUAACCUUCAACCACCUUCAACCUUAAAUGAUGUUAAUUUUUUAGUAUGAUAAGAAAUAUGACUGAGAUUGUUUGCAAAACAAUAAAACUCCAUCGAUCUCUCUGGACUAAUUCUUCAGAGAAACAUCAGCUACUUUUAAGAAGAUUAUCAACUAUCAUAAGCAACAAGAACAGCAGCAACAGGAAACAUUAUGAUGUAGUAGUUGUUGGAGGAGGCAUAGUUGGAGUAGCCACAGCAAGGGAAAUGAAAUUGAGGAAUCCCAAGUUAGUGAUAUCCAUAGUUGAAAAAGAAAAUGCAUUGGCUUACCACCAGACUGGUAAUAACAGUGGGGUGAUUCAUGCAGGAAUUUAUUAUAAACCAGGUUCACUUAAAGCAAAGUUGUGUGUAGAAGGACUCCAUCUAGCCUACAAAUACUGUGAUGCAAAAAAUAUCCCAUACAGAAAAGUUGGAAAACUGAUAGUAGCAUCUACCCCCUCUGAAGGGAAAACACUAUUAGAGCUUUAUGAAAGAGGACUACAAAAUAAGGUACCAGAUCUGAAACUGAUAAAAGGACAAGCUGCAAUCAAAGAAAUAGAACCACUUUGUACAGGUCUCCAAGCAAUCUGGUCCCCACACACUGGAAUUGUUGACUGGGGGCUAGUGACCAGAAGUUAUGGAGAAGAUUUCCUGCAAGGUGGUGGAGACAUUUAUCUCAAUUUUGGAGUUAGAAGUUUCCAAUUGUCUGAAGAUCAAGAUUAUCCAGUACUUGUAGUUGCCAAAUCAGGUGAAGUGCUGAAAGCCAAAUAUGUCUUGACAUGUGGUGGUCUUCAUUCUGAUCAACUAGCAGAAUCCACUGGUUGUUCAAGAUCUCCAAGGAUAAUACCCUUCAGAGGGGAAUAUCUCCUGCUGAACCAAGAAAAAGCACGUUUGAUAAAUGGAAAUAUUUAUCCUGUGCCUGAUCCUAGGUUCCCUUUUCUAGGAGUACAUUUCACACCUCGAAUGGAUGGUAGUGUUUUAUUAGGACCAAAUGCAGUGUUGGCAUUCCAAAGAGAGGGUUAUAGGUGGACUGACGUGAAUGUAUCAGAACUAAUUGAUGUUCUUUCAUAUCCAGGAUUCAGAAAACUAGCUUGGAAAUAUGCUUCUGCAGGGUUGUAUGAAAUGGUGAAAUCACUGUAUGUGCCUAUCCAGGUGAAGGAAUUGCAAAAGUUUGUUCCAUCAUUGACUGCAGAUGAUAUCACAAAGGGUCCAGCUGGAGUUAGGGCACAAGCUCUAGAUGAACAUGGUAAUUUGGUAGAUGAUUUUUACUUCGAUAUGAAUAGAGAAAAGAAUGGAAAUUCGGUUGGAGACAGGGUGUAUCAUUGUAGAAACGCUCCAAGCCCAGGGGCGACCAGUUCAUUGGCCAUUGCCAGGAUGAUAGCAGGAAAAUUCAUGGAUGAAUUCAAACUACAUAAUCAAACAUGAAAUUUAAUGAAUUUAUUUUACACUGUACUUUACCAGAAUGAGAUUUAUUAUAUACUUCUAUAAUUUUAAUUUUUCAUCGAUCUUUUGAAUC